AUGCAGUUGCAGCAACAGUCUGCUCAGCAACAGCAACAGUUGUCCUGCGAUGUCCAGCAACUUCAAAAUGAGAUCUCGGAAUUGAGACGAAUUUUGCAAGUUCGAGACCGUCGGAUAGAGACCCUGGAAAGUGCCUGUCUCAGGGAGACUGAUCGCAUUGCAGAACUUCAGACAACUUUGGGAGUCUGGCAGGAGAAAUAUGAUAGAUUAUACGAUUCGCACGUGCGUGUCCAGAAAUUAAACCAGGGUUUAGAAGACAAAUUAUUAAGGCUGGUCGACCGAGGUGCAGGCGAAAGGGCCCAAUUGACCAGCGACGUGGCCACUUUGUCGGUCAGGUUGGCCCAGGCCAAUUAUACCGUCACCAAUUUACAAAGAGAAGUAGAACGUUAUAAAAGUGACAUGAGUCUUGCAAUUCAACUUAUACAAUGCAAACCAGAUAACUUUGUUCCACAAAAAUUAAAUUCUUUGCCAUUAGACGUCCAAUCCAAAGUGGCGGCCUACAUGCGCCUCGAUGCCGAAUCGGCUACUCCGCCCGGCAGCUCGGCUUCGUCGCCCCGAAGGCCGCGCAGCGACUACCGCAUGCUGCCCGGAGGAACUCCUCCGAGGGACAACAGCCCUUCGCCGGCGAGCGGAACGGGGCCUAACACCUGCCCCUUUCCGCCGACCGCCAUGGUCUACGGGAUGAGGGGAUACGCUUCUCCAGACACAGACGGCGAUUCCUACACAAACGAAGACAUCAGCGUCUCGGCCGCAGUGGUGGCCAAAGUGCUCGAAGACGGCAUCAGAGACACGAAGCACCACUGCGAAACCUGCCGUUGUGCCACAAAAGACUUGAAUUUACUCAUCGAACCCUUAUCACAAUUUUCGAUAUCGACCCAAACCUACGCCCCAUUUCCCGAACAAAACAUCUGCGUCCGAUGUUGCAGCCACGUCAUCUCCAAAACCGACAUCCAGAACAUCAAAAACGCCACCAACGAUAUCAGUAAAAUGCUUAAAUCAAAUGUCAGUAAACUCCACGAAGAUUUGAUAAGUUUCGAUAAUCCUGUGGGAUUGGUUGGCCAUCAUCGACUCUGUGAUAAAUUGAAUAAGGAUGAUUAUAAAAUUGAUGUUCUGGACAGGAGAGACAGGAAUGGUGGUGCUGAUUUGCUGGAUGUUGAUGGUGGUGCCAAGAGUAAUGGUGGUGAUCGUAAAAAAAGUUUUGGAGGUUCCACUGGCAAGACGAGCCAGUGCUCGUCGAAGAUAUUCGAGAAUUUUAAUAGGAAUCUUAUACAGUCGAUUAAGUCUGAAAACCCGAAAGCCGGUCCAAGACUAUGCUCUCUCCGAAUCCAAGACGGAAGUCCCAACGUCAUUUUGAACAAAUCCGAAAACAACAUGGCACCAGUCUUAUACACCAGAAGAAAACUGGAUUUAGAAAACGAAGUCAUAUCUUCCAGUAAACAUCAAAAUCCCUCAAACACCAAACUCACCCUCCGAGAUUUGAUGGAAAUUAACCGAAAACUGUUGGCAGUUGGUCAAAAUCAGGAGCAGGAGGAUAAGGUGAGGUUGUUUAGGAACAAAUUGGAUGAUGAUAAAUUAGGUGAUCAGCAAGAAGGUGUUAGACAAGAUCCUUGUGGUGAGAGUAGUGCUGGUAAAAAUGAUAAGAGAACGUUGGGUGAUUAUAGUGGUGAAGCUAUUUACAACACCACAAACCGCGACUCAGGAAUCAACUUAUCAGACGACGUCGACACAAAUCACGCUGAAGAAUCCAUCAACCAUCCAGAAAACUUCAACAACAACCAACUGGACAAACUAAACUCCAGCACCGGUGACAACACAAGCCAAUCCCUAGAAUCCAGUUCCAUGUCAAGUGCAGAAAUUCGAGAAAGUGCCCAACUUUUACGCCAACAACUACACAGAGUCGCAGAAUGGGUCAACGCCAAUGCCAAUAUGGAUAAUGCAAAUUGCACAGACAGUGAUAGUGGUUCCCAUAAAAAUAGAUCUAAAGCCAGUUAUAAAUCCCACAGAAUGUCCCUGGAUAGUGUGGAUUUGUACAGGAACCUGGACUAUAACCAGAGAAUUAGGUUGCAUCAAGCCAACGACGAUAAAGAUGGUACCAGAAACAAGGUGCCGGAGCAAGAAAACGUUUGCAAUGGUAAUAUUAGUGAGGAGAAAGAAAUGACUGAUUUAGAGCAGAUGGAGUAUAAUGUGAAGCAGUUUUUGUUGAGGCAGAAUGAGUGGUCGGUUUGUAAUAGUCAUAUGUAA